CUCAGAUUGAGGAAGGGUUCUCUCUUUCGCUCCCUCUCGUUUCUCUCUUUCUCUAUCUGUCCCCCUCUCUCUGUCUAUCUGUUUGUCGGUGGUGCGCGGAGCCAUACGCGUGUGCAUGUGCAUGUAUGCGUGUGUGUACUAAAGGAUAAUGAAAUGGAAGCAUCGUGCAGCCUCCGGGGAGCUUCUCCCAGCCUGAGGAUGUGAGAGAAUCGGAGGCUGAACGAGGGAUCUUCUCCGAGCUGCAGGCCAAGCCUUCUGUACGGGGCCUGCCUUCUUUCUCCUCUACUCUCUCACUCUCUCUUUCUUUCUAUUUCUUCCUUUCUCUCAUUCUCCUUUCUAUUUUCAAUCAGCAUCUUUUGCCUUUUUCCCCCCCUCAUCCUUUCUCUAGUGAGCGAGGGAAUCGUCAUCCCCCUCAUCAACCCUUUUUUUUUGUGGUGGUGGUGUUGGUUGUGACUCCUUCCUCCUCCCCCACCUCUCCAUCUCCACCUCCUCCCCUCUCUGUCUUUUUUUUCCUUCUGUUCUUGAAGAGGAUAUCUCUGGAAUAGCAAACCUCCAUGUAUGACAAUUUGUACCUGCAUGGAUUUGAAGACUCGGAGGCGGGCUCAGCUGAUUCCUACACUAGCAGGCCAUCCGAUUCUGAUGUGUCAUUGGAGGAGGAGAGGCAGGAUGUGGGGAGCCAAGGCCGGCAAGAACGGGAGCAGCAGGCCGCCGUACAGCUGGAGAGGGCAAAGGCCAAAGCGGUGGCCUUCGCCGUGAAGACUAAUGUCAGUUAUUGUGGCGCGCUGGAUGAAGAUGUGCCUGUGCCAGGAACAGCCAUUUCAUUUGAUGCUAAGGACUUCCUGCAUAUCAAAGAGAAGUUCAAUAACGACUGGUGGAUUGGGCGGCUGGUGAAAGAGGGCUGUGAGAUUGGCUUCAUUCCCAGCCCUCUGAAGCUGGAACACAUCCGAGCCCAACUGGAGCAGAAAAAGAGCCGUGUUCAAGGUAAGUCCAGCGGAAGCUCCUCCUCCAGCUUGGGGGAUGUGAUGUCAUCAGGCAAGCAGAAACAAAAAGUGACUGAGCAUGUGCCUCCAUAUGAUGUUGUGCCCUCCAUGAGGCCUGUGGUUCUGGUUGGUCCUUCCCUAAAAGGAUAUGAGGUGACCGAUAUGAUGCAAAAGGCUCUUUUUGACUUCCUGAAGCAUAGGUUUGAUGGCAGGAUAUCCAUUACGCGUGUGACCGCUGACAUCUCCCUGGCUAAGAGAUCUGUGCUGAACAACCCGAGUAAGCGAGCCAUCAUCGAACGCUCCAACACUAGAUCCAGUCUCGCUGAAGUGCAAAGUGAGAUUGAGCGUAUCUUCGAGUUGGCGCGCUCCCUGCAGCUGGUAGUAUUGGACGCAGACACCAUCAAUCACCCGGCUCAGCUAAUGAAGACAUCACUAGCUCCCAUUAUCGUUCACGUCAAAGUGUCCUCGCCGAAGGUCCUUCAAAGACUUAUUAAAUCCAGAGGAAAAUCUCAGAGUAAACAUCUCAAUGUGCAGCUGGUAGCAGCCGAUAAACUGGCACAGUGUCCACCAGAGAUGUUUGACAUUAUUCUGGAUGAGAAUCAGUUGGAGGAUGCAUGUGAGCACUUGGCAGAGUAUUUGGAGGCAUACUGGAAGGCCACACACACCUCCAGCAGCACUCCACUCAACCCACUGCUGGGGCGGAACCUUGGCCCCUCUGCCCUCGCUCCUUAUCCCUCCACUAUCUCUGGCUUGCAGAACCAGCAGGGCCCAAGAACGCGACACGCCAACCACACAGGAGACCACUCCACAGUCAACGAGCGGCGCAACCUGAUGACACCAGACGAAAACUACCACAAUGAGCGUCCUCACAAGGGCCGCGGCAACCGCAGCUCGUCAGGCUCACAGCAGGGUAGAGACCAUCACCACUACAUGGAUGAGCAGCAGGACCCUUACCAAGACAGCUACAAACCGCACCGCAACCGCAGCUCACCGGGCAGCUACAGCCAGGACUCACACCACCGGCUCUGAGCAAGUUUCAUCCCCUGCACUUGAGUCCAUUGUCAAUUAACAUUGCGUUUUUUUGGUAUCCAUUGCAUUUUUUAUUUUUAUUUUUUUUGUUGGACAUCAUAAGCUCCUUCGAAAGCCCAGUCAUCUGACUUGACUUGCACCUCCAUCUGCACAAAUGACAUCCUGAGAUAAACGUGGAUCAUCCAGACUUCCAGCAAUCCACCAUUCAUACGUUCUUCUUUCUUUGUUUGUUAUGUGCGUUCUGUUACUCCUACUAAAAGGCGAGACUUUCCCAGCCAAAAAAAAAAAAGAAACAAAAAAACUGAAGAUGUUCAAAAAUAUAGACACGAUAGCCCUGACAGGGAUUAGAGAGGAGAGUAAACAAAGGCCCACAGAGCAGAUCCACACCGUGUGCGUAAUGCAUGCUUCCUUCGGUGUUGGAUGUUUGCUGUGAUGCAGAGACUCCUCAGACGGUCAGACAGUCAGGCUUAAUACUGAUGAUAUACCAACCCACUGCCAGUGAUAUUUUGUUAUAUUUACAGAUUGUGAAUAGAAUUCUGCAAGACCAGGAUCUUAGAGUCUUCCCUAGCCUCUGGAUCUAGUUAUGAUAAGAGGGAUUUUUUUAUACAGCCGAAUAAAGAAUAUGAUAGGUUUUUGCACCUUUUAACACAAUUUUUCGUUUAAUACAAGAAAGUAACUUCUGUGAAAGUGCUGCCUCGUAGCUUCCAAGGUCGCAAUGACCGAUCUGACCAUAGGCCAUUGUUUGCGGAAUAGAAUAGCUGCUUAACCAAGAGGUGCACACCAUAUUGGCUGGUAAGCAGUAGUGUUGCUCCGAGCUAGUUUUCAUCAAAUGUAGAUGACACUUUGCUCUUUAGAUUUGAACAAAUUGUUUAUUUUUUGUUGUUGGUUUUUUUCGUUUUAGAUAAUAAGCAUGAGCAGAUCCCAGAUUUAGACCUUCAUUUGCAGGAAACGUCUUCAUCAUAGGUGCUGAGUGUCAGGUAGAAAACAAAAGAUGAUACUCCCUCAUGAUCAUAUGGGUGCCACUAUGGUCUCCGGACCGACGUUGUGGUUCGAUGCGCUUCAACAAAUUCUCAGGCUCUUCAGGAUCUUAAUCACCACGAUGUGCACUGAUCUCUGGAAGACAAACCGGAUUUACAUCUCGGAUCUCAUUAGCUAAAGUUUUUCUCUUCUACUUGAACGCGCCAUGAUGGAAAGGCCGACCUAAACCAUGGAUAUAAGCAUGCAUGUACAAGGAAACCUGAACGUUUCAAGAGCCUGGAUUUUCUCUCAUUGAUUUAUGCUAGUUUGUGCAUUUCAAAAAAAAAAAAAAAAGAUUUUAAAACAAGAAGAAAAAAAAAACAUUACGACCGCAAGACGUAAUCAAACACGUACGUUCUGUAUGCAGUUGUCUAUGAGCAUGCUUCUCUGUUAAUACUAUAAUUGAGGAUGAAUUAAACAAACGGAUCGAGAUUCAAUGCCCAUAAUUCAUCAUAGACUGCACUGAAGAUUCAUCUCUGAGUUUGCUGCUUGAGACAAUCACACAGAACACCUUCUUCAUCCCUUUUCCAGCUCCAUUCUGAGCUCCACCUCGACAAGGAAAAAAAAAAAAGAUCCAUAUAUUUUUUUUUUCUUUCUUUCUUUUUUGUGAAAUUAAUAAGGGAAAUGCAAACUGCAUGCACAAUAUAUGAUUUUCAUUUAUAAAACCAGAUUUAAAAGAAAAAAAGGUUUUAUGGAAAUAAUGGUGUAAAAGACAAAUCUAGCAGUAUUUAAGUUUUCUUUUACAAAUAAAAAUUAAAGAGAGAGAAAAAAAAUAAAUGGCCAUUUUGAAAA